CAAGGUAGUCGGGUAAUCGCUUCCCCGUCUACAGCGGCCCGAAGAACGUCUCUGCAACUGCUACCCCGUCGGCCGUCGCCUGCAUCCAACUCCGGCGGCCGCACACGACCAGCCCCGGCGAUUCCCCACCGCCUUUCUCCCUCUACCCCCGCCUCCUCCUGAUGGGGCAAUCCGAAUCGCUCCUCUCCAGGCAGCAGCCGCGCCCGCAGUGGGCCGACGAGAUCACGACGGUGUCCGAGGGCCGGCGCGACGACGCCGACGCCGACCCCCUCGUCCGCCGCAUCCGAUCCCUCACCAUAGCUCCACCGCUGUUGAGCUCUCAGUCUGAAUCGGAGGCAGAGAGCAGCAGCCUCACCGACAUCCUCGUCUGGAAGCCCUCUACCUCUUCUGCUGCCUCCGGAACUCUGAACCCGAAUGUCCUGGCUGAGCUUUUCUCGAUGUACCGUGAAUGGCAAGAAGAGAAUGCCAAAAAAAUUAGCCAAAAGCAGGAGGAAAUAGAAAACAAGAUAGAAACGGCUGAUGCAUUGGCUGUCAAGCUUCUCCAGCGGUUCAAUUAUUCACUUACCUCCAUGAGAUCCACCUCCCACAACCUUGCUGAAGUUCAUCCGCUGCAGAUCGAAGUUGGUGAAUUGAAGGGCAGGCUGACUGAAGUCAUAAGCAACUGCGAUGCGUUGUGCAAGAGAAUCGGUGCGGAAGGACCAGAAAGCCUACGCUCAUCUGUUCAACCUUCCACGGCUGGUAGAGCAGAGGCAGAAGGCAGUAGUUCACCUGACACAAAACAAGAGUCCUGAAUCGAAAAAUCUAACUGCUGACAGCGUCAAUGGCAUGAGAAGAAGCUUUAACAUGGUGCUAAGUGGGCCUUGAGGAAAUACACUAGUGGCUUGUCCAUGUACGCGUACUUUGCUAGAGAGGUCAGGUGUCUGAAUUAGUCCAGACUCCAGAGUCUCUCUUUCUGUAGUGCUUGUCAUUUGCAUGUCUGUGCAUUGGACCGCAGGUGUUUGCGACCAAUUCCUGCAUCAGAAAAGCAUGGGUGGUUUUAGAUCCUGUGCUUAUGUGUACAUGAAUCUCCGUUCCUUUUUAGUUUAUUUACACGAGAAGACUACGAGUGUAGUCGCUUGCCCGGAA